GUUACAAAAGUAGUUACAAAUUUAUUUUUUUAAUUUUGGCUAUAUUUGUAAAAGCCAUAAUUGACCAUUAUGGUCGUUACAAAAGUCGUGAAAAUUUGUAACGGCUUUGGUACUAUCACAAAUAAUUUGUAAUGCUCAUUUGAGCUGCGAUAGGCUGAACCGUUACCAAAGUCGUUCCAAAUAAAAAAAAGUUGUUACAAAUUAAUAAAAAAAUUGUUCCAAAAUCUGUUUAAAUAAAAUGAUUUUUUGUAGUGUGUGUCCGACGCCUGUCGGGCACUGUACAAAAUAAAUAAUUCUUUCCGACCCGUCAGCCCCUCGCCUCCAUCCCUCCCCCUCUUCCAUUUUCUCCUCCGCAAUGGUGUCAUCGUCAACCACCGCCGGCCCCACUAUCUGAAAUCCGAGAAACCCUAACGCCACCCCCCCACCAUCCAUCCUGCACCUUUCUUUCAACCAGGAAAGCACAGCUUUGCUGUCGACACCACCGAUGGCUUCAUGAUAUUCAACACCGAUCCUUUUGUACAAACCAUUCACCAAGACUUUCUCCCAGAAUCACCAAGGUGGUGGCAUUGGUAUCGUGCUGAGGAUCUUCGGCACCAACAAAUUCGCCGUAGUGGGCAAAGGGGCCACUCCAAGACUCAGCCGCAACAAAAUCAUGAUCUGGGAUGAUUCUGUGGGACAGUUCACUGGAGAGCUCUUUUACCGUUCCGAGUGAAGAGCGUUCGCCUAAGGCAGGAACGCAUUGUUGCGGUUACGAUGCAGAAGAUAUCUGUUCACGAUCUUAUGGACCUGCGUUUGCUGCAUCAGAUAGAAACGGAGCCCAAUCCGAAGGGGUUGUGCGAAAUUUCGCUGUCGGGGCGGAUGGUUCUGGUUUGCUUAGGACGGGAUAAGGGGGAAGUAAGGGUGUUGCAGGACGAGGUGAGUUGGAUUAGGGUGAUAAAGGCCAGCGACUUGGACGUUACGUGUGUUGCUUUGUCGAACAACGGGAGGCUGCUGGCAGCCGCGAGUACUAAGGGCACAUUGAAUAGGUUGUUUGACACAUUGUCCGGAAUGCUGCUUCAGGAGAUGAGAAGGGGUUCUGCAUUUGAAAGAACAGAGAUUCACAGCCUCUUUUUCUGCUUUGAUGCUGAGUGGCUGGCUGUUACAAGCAAUAAAGGAACCGUUGAUAUUCUCAGCUUAAAGGACGCAAAACGAAAUAAUAUGUCUCUUCCGAGUCUUUCCUACAACAAAGGUAUUCUGCGGAAGUAUUUCAUUCCCGAGUGGCCGACGGCUCGUUUCAUGUACCAAAAGAUAUACAACAUAUCGUGACAUUUGGAUACCAAAACAACAUAGUUCUCAUUGUCGGCACGAAUGGAAGAUUCUACAGAUGGAAGUUUGAUCCAAUUGUAGGUGGGGAGAUGAAUGCCACAACUUCCUUCAGCCAGAACUCAUGAGUAUACUUUAGAUAGAUUUUGCAGGAAAUUCAUUGGAUUGUGAAUGUAUUAGUUUGGCAAAAAACUGCAAAUAGUUACAGAUACACACUCUGGAAGUAUAAAAUACAGUUCUUUGUUUUGUGUAUAUACGAGUUUUCAAUGCA